AUGAGAAACCACACACUUCUGGAUGAGUUCAUUCUACUGGGAAUACCCCAGACAGGGGGACUGGAGCCUGGGCUCUUUGUCAUCUUCUCCCUCAUCUACCUCUUCACGCUGCUGGGAAAUUCACUCAUCUUGACUGCAAUCAUAUCUUCCUCUUCCCUUCACACCCCCAUGUAUUUUUUCUUGGGACUUCUCUCAAUUUUUGACAUGUUGUUCCCAUCUGUAACCUGUCCCAAGAUGCUGCUUUAUCUCUCUGGGCAGAGCCGAGCCAUCUCUUAUGAGGGAUGUGCUGCACAACUCUUCUUCUAUCAUUUUCUGGGCUCCACUGAAGGAUGCCUCUACUCUGUGAUGGCUUAUGACCACUUUGUUGCCAUCUGUCACCCACUAAGGUACAUGCUCAUCAUGAAACCUGAAGUCUGUGUCAGCUUGGUCACAGUAGCCUGCUUGAUAGGAACCCUUCUGGCCACAACCCUGACCUCCUUCACUUUUCAGUUAACCUACUGUGGUCCCAGCCAGGUGGACCACUUCUUCUGAGACAUUCCUGCGGUUUUACCCCUGGCUUGUAAUGACAGCUCCUUGGCCCAGAGAGUGGGUUCCAUUAACGUUGGCCUUCUGGCUUUACUGCUUUUACUCAGUGUUUGUGUCUCCUACAAACACAUCGGGAUUGCCAUUCUGAGGAUCCGUUCAGCAGAGGGCAGGCGGAAAGCUUUCUCCACCUGCAGUGCCCACCUCACUGCAAUCCUCUGUGCCUAUGGACCUGUAAUCAUCAUCUAUCUGCAGCGCACUCCCAACGCCCUGCUUGGUGCUGUGGUACAGAUAUUAAAUAAUAUUGUUUCGCCCAUGCUGAACUCAUUAAUCUACUCUUUGAGGAAUAAGGAAGUGAAAAAUUCUCUGAAAAGAGUGUUCCCAAAGUUUAUACUUACUGUUCUUGAAUAA